ACGCAGAUGGAAACCCAGCCGCAGAGAGAAGUCGCUCGCCUCCGUUCGGACCUAAUGUUUGUUCUAUUCUAGACACGGAUAUGAGGUUUAUCACCCGUACGCGUUUCUCCUGUCGUUCACGGGCCGGCGGAUUCUGAGGACAACCUCCCCUUUUUUUUUUUUACCACCUACUUCUGGAUUUAAAAACUUUUCUCUCGCCAAAGGAAGCGAACACACGGGUUCCGGUGGGCGCCGAGCUGCUUUUCCUUCUUUCUCCUUCGGAUUCAUCCUGGAUUUCGACGUUUGUCAUCGUGUCAGCAACUUUCCUCGAGCUGUAUUUUAAUUUAUCGCUUUUUUAUUAUCAUUACUUUUAUUUUAAAGUUCAUUAACAGGGUUCAUUUGGCACAGUUUGUCUUUUUGACGUGUUGCUGUUCGAAAGCAGGUUCGGUUCUAUAACCAGGCGUCCUAAGUAGCGCACGAGCGCUCUUAUACAAGUUUGAAUAAUAACGGAAUUAACUGUCAUCUUCGUCAGCGCGUCUAAUCGCCAUUUUAUUUAUCACUCGUUUCUUUCACUUUUCGCUGCUCACACGUGAAAGUUGUUAUUAUUAUUGGUUUAUUUUUUUUUAUUUUUUUUUCGGAUGCAAAGUGAAUCCAAGCCUCCGUCGUGCCAAAGCACACCGACCCCACCGACCUGAGGCGAGGAAAAAAAAUCUGCAAAGUUAGCUUAAAUUUAGCAUAAAAAGGCGGCAUUAAAAAAUCACGGAAAUUUCUCUCGUACGGUUCUAAAUGGAUUUCAUAAAGGCAACACGUUUACUGUUACACCUUCUGUGACUAACUGGGAUCGACUCUGGGACAUUACAAGUGUUAUUUCUUCAUAUAUUUUCAGUGAGACUUGAUUUGACUCAGAGCUACGAUGAAAAGACGACGGAGAAUUCUGGAUGUUUUUCUGAAGUCGUCAGAGAAAUUCCGUCACUGUCGCAUCGUGAUAUGACGACAAGGAUUACACUUAAAUAAAUACAAACUUUCUCACACCUGGGACUUCUUAAACAAUGGCAGCGUCAGCUUUUUCCCUCGGUAACGGAGAGGCUGGACUUUUCCUGUCAGCAUCACUGAAAUAACUGUAGCGUUUCUGCUUCUUUAAUAGACUUAUUAAAUAAACACUGUGCGCUGCGCAUGCGCGAAGAGAGGUCACGUGCCCGGCACCCGCGCGUUUCAGGCUGUUAAUGGGUGGUGUCAAAAGUCCAAGUGUGUGACGACUCCAAAUCUGCACACGGAAGAGGACACACACCCACACACACCGCAAACAUGAAUGAAAGACAGGCUCUCCAUUCCAUAAUGAAGGACCUGGUGGCGCUGCAGAUGACCAGGCGGCAGCCAGUGCCAGCUUAUGACAUGGCCAAAACCAAGCCUGCUAACACGACUAGCAUGGCUAACAGACAGGACGACGUCAGAAUCAAGUUUGAGUUCUGCGGAGAGAGAAGGAUACUGAUGUUCACUCGGCCUGUUCAGUUUGAGGAAGUCCAGCAAAAGGUCAAGACUGUCUUUGGGCAGCAGCUGGAGCUCCACUAUAUGAACAAUGAGAUGUCUAUUCCGCUACAUGAUCAGGAUGACUUGGACAAGGCUAUUGACCUGCUGGACCGCAGCUCGAACAUGAAGAGCAUAAAGAUCCUGCUACUAACAGAAGAAAACAGCAAUGUCUCGUCCCCAACUCAUCACUCCGGAUGCAAGCAGGUCCGAAUCAAAGCCUCGCAGUCCAUGGGGGACGUGAGCGCCGCGUAUCAGUCUUCUGAACCCAGGGGACGCCACCCAUCCACUAGUUCUCAGAACACUGGGCGGAGCUCUCCGCCUCCUGGUUACGUUCCGGAGCGGCAGCAGCGAAUCGCUCGCCAAGGAUCCUACACCAGCAUUAACAGUGAGGGAGAGUUUAUACCCGAGACCAGCGACCAGUGUGUGCUGGAUCCCUGGAGCAGUGCAGAAAACUCCAUAUCCGGUAGCUGCCAGUCUCUGGACAGCAACGCGGAAAGCCCCUCGCUUCGGAAGUCCCGCAUGCACAGAGCCAGAAGUUAUCCUGAUAACAGACAGGAUUGUGCAGACAGGGAGAAUCAUGUGUAUGAUAAGAUUAUUGCUAAAGGUGGGACGUACCCACGGAGGUACCCGGUAUCUCCACAUCACAAAGACCUCAGUGAGGGUCGGCGCACGUUUCCACGGAUACGACGCCCCCAGGGUAACCUGUUCACGCUGGUGCCGUCACGUCGUUCCCUCAACGGCAGCGAGGAGAGUCUCGGAAGCUGGCAGCAUGUCGACGCGCACUCCCGUCUCCGCCCCAAAGACCGCCCCAAAGACCGCCCACUGCCUCACAAGUCCCCCACAGCUCCUGUGACCUGGAGGAGAGGGAAACUGCUGGGUCAAGGUGCAUUCGGACAUGUUUAUCUCUGCUAUGAUGUGGACACUGGACGGGAACUGGCAGCUAAACAGGUCCAGUUUGACCCAGAAAGCCCGGAGACCAGCAAAGAGGUCAGCACUCUGGAGUGUGAGAUUCAGCUACUGAAGAAUCUGCAUCACGAGCGCAUCGUGCAGUACUACGGCUGCCUCCGGGACCACAACGAGAAGACAUUGACCAUCUUCAUGGAGUACAUGCCUGGGGGCUCGGUGAAAGACCAGCUGAAAGCGUACGGCGCGCUGACGGAGAACGUGACCCGCAAAUACACCAGACAGAUCCUGGAAGGAAUGUCCUACCUGCACAGCAACAUGAUCGUCCACAGAGACAUUAAAGGUGCCAACAUCCUGAGGGAUUCGGCAGGGAACGUAAAACUCGGAGACUUCGGGGCCAGCAAGCGCCUGCAGACCAUCUGCAUGUCCGGGACGGGCGUGCGCUCGGUCACCGGGACUCCGUACUGGAUGAGUCCGGAGGUCAUCAGCGGAGACGGAUACGGACGCAAAGCCGACGUGUGGAGUCUCGGCUGCACUGUGGUGGAGAUGCUGACGGAGAAGCCACCUUGGGCCGAGUACGAGGCCAUGGCAGCCAUCUUUAAAAUCGCCACUCAGCCCACAAACCCGUUGCUGCCGUCGCACAUCUCAGACCAGACCAGAGACUUCAUUCGGCGCAUCUUCGUCGAGGCCAAACACAGGCCGAGCGCAGAAGAGCUGCUCAGACACCCGUUUUCCCAGAUCUUCUGCUGAGCGAGCUCUCGACCAGGACGCCUGCAAGCACGAAAGCCGUAUUUACGACACGUAGCUCGAUUGCAAAGUGAUCACAAAGCAGAACAAAGCACAACACAAGAGCUGGGAAAUCAUCCAGCCAAAAGCGCUUAGAUCUACAUCUUUAGUUAGUCCUUUAACGGUGUUGUUGCAGUACAACGGUUCUACCAGCAGGGGGAAGCAAAAAUCCAUCAGCCAGAUAAACGAUGUAUUGUGCAGCCUGCGUCUUCCAAAACAGAGCUGCGAGACGUUUACGGUCGCUGGCCAUGUGGAUCUGUUCUCGUCAUCAUCUCUGUCAUCGAAAUGACGAUCCGUAACACUGUUGUCACUCUCUGGGUCAGUCACGUUAGUGUCCUGUUAGUCGCCAGUGUAGCAGAGCUACAGGCUGUGUUUCAGUCAUGACGAGCUUUUCUUUCACUCACAGUCCAACUAAACGCUCUCCGUUACAGAGUGUGCAGAUACAUGACGCUUUUCUCUUACUGUCCUGACAAUUCCUACGCUUUUUGAGGCAAAACUGUAACUGUAACGUCGCUGCAAGGGAAUUCAACCGGCCUCACCUAAUUCCUCACUCGCUACCAUUCAUCAUUACACACACACACACACACACACACACCAAAAACUCUUAAGAGUAUUUUUUUCUUUUCCCUCGGUUCUCCAGGAUCAUGGCGGGGGAACGUUUGAGUUUGUGGUGCGCUAGUUAAACUAGCUUGCUUAACUCUUAGCUAAUAUAUUUUCUGUACUAUAAGAUGCAAGUAUAUAUGUGGUAUCAAUUAUAUUAUACUGUAUUAUUGUCGCUCGCUUAGUUAUAGUACAUAUACACGUUAUAUCCACACAUGACACACUACAGACACGCUGUAAUGUUAACACCCAUGAUGUGUUAACUAGAGAUGGGGGACUCGAGUCAUAUGACUUGACUCGAGUCAGACUUAAGUCGCAAAUUUGAGACUUGAGACUUGCCUGACAGAUAUUAAAAAAAGACUCGACUUUGACUUGACAUUCAUGAGUUGAGACUUGACUCGGACUUGAGUUAAAUGACUCAGAGGUGGGGGACUCGACUUGACUCGAAGUCAGACUUAAGUCGCAAAUUUGAGACUUGAGACUUGCUUGACAAAGGUUAAAAAAAGACUCGACUUGACAUUCAUGACUUGAGGCUUACUCGUGACUUGCACGUGUGUGACUUACUCCCACCUCUGGUGUUUACUAGGUGGUGUGUAAACCAGUGUUUGGUCUACAAACACUAGUGCAUUUAUAAUACAGAGAAUAUAAUAGCUGAUAGCAUUUCUUUAAGUUGUUUAAAAGGUUACAGGCUUGUGGGAUACGGCGACUUCAUCCUCUCUGCACGAUGUCACAGCACCACAACGUCCAGUGGCGUUUACGUCCUAUGUAUUACGUCGUAUGUAUUAUGUCGUACGUGUUAUCAUCCAAAAUAUUUUCCAAAAAGAAUAAUAAAUAACACAGCAGAUAAGCCGGUCGAAGUAUCAAUCUACGAGAAGUUUCAGCGCUCGUCUCUGCCACCAAGCAGGUCCCGACCCUGAGGCUUAUAAUAUAAAUACAAUAUUGUGUCCUAAUUACUGGAAUGUGGACACAGUGGCUUGUUUCCUGCCUUGACUGGAUGAUUACACCGUAUAUAUAUCACUUACAUAUAGCAGUUACUCAAAAAAAUAUAUAUAUACACGGUCGUUGAUGGAGUCGUUGUUUUUUUUUUUUUUUGUGUGUUUAUUUUACAGUCACAUACUAAUUUGAAUAAACCAGGCCAGAGGUCACACAGGGUUUUUUUUUUUUUUUAGUUUCUUUUACAGUUGACAGUAUUGCCUCAAAUCGCUAGCAAGAUAUCGUUCCUUUUACUUAUUAAAACGUGUUAGAGCUGGUGUUUGAAUUUCUAGCUGAGAAUAAGCCAAAGGAGACAAAUUUCUCACCGGAUGCAGAUUGUGCCUUAAGCUCGGUGCGGAAGUGUUUUAUUUUUAUUUUUUAUUAUUAUGAUUAUUUUUAAAAAAUCUGAAGCACUUUUGUAUAAAUGAAUGUUUUGUAUUUACCACAUUUUUAUGUUUUUUUUUUUUUCUUGCCAAAGUUUCCAUAAUGUGAAAUCUGUUUCACUUUUAUUUAUAUUCCAGUGCUCAGCUGUCUUUUUUUUUGUUUGUUUGUUUUUUUUGGCUAGGCAAAUAUUCAUGUAUAAAUAUAUUUUUAUAUCAAUUUUUAUAUACGGAGACAGAACGACGCCUUUCGGAAUACGAAAACGCGAGACGAGGUGGUGUUAGAAAGCCAAAUCAAAGAGUAACAAUGUUAGCAGCUGGUUUUGCAAAGACAUUUUGUGCAUUUCUGAGUGGAAAAGGCGCUCUGGUGGUUCGGCCCAAGCAGAAAAACUCAGUUUUGUGUGUGUGUGUGUGUGUGUGUGUGUGUGUGUGUGUGUGUGUGUGGCACUGCAGAAGAAAGCGAUCAUGAGAUGUUCAUGAGAAAAACGAGAUGUUUUUCCAGGAUGACUCGAAGACGCGGGUUAUGAUCGACACACACACCAAAACGGUGCCAUUAAUAAACUGCCCCAGAAGCUCCUUGCACCUGUGGGGUAGUUUAGGAUGUCGAGAGGCAGCGAGAAGCGAGCGAGAGAUUCGAACGGUUUUAAAAAGUCAUGCACCUUUUCGAUCGCUUCAUGACUGUAGGAAGAACCUGAAAUCACGACCUCGGUAUUAUCCGGUUCUGUCUGAGCGAAGAGACAAACUUUUGAACACAAACGUUUCUGCUUACUGCCAUAAAAUUAUUAUUCAGUUUCUAGAAAUAAUCUUUCCAGUUGACAGAAGCAUCCUCAACUUCUGUCAGAGUGACAGUCUAAUUGGAAACCCCUCGCUAGCCGUUCUCACGCCUCACAGGUGGCCACGAUUGGCUAGAAUCACUACGACUGACAUGACAUCAUCCCUCCCAUUCAGAGAGCGCAGCCUAGUUUAGUUCUCAUGGCGUCAGUGAGAUUCGUCUCACAUUUACAGCAUUUGGUAGACGCCCUCAUCCACUUACUAUCAUCUAAUCUUUAUACAACUGAACAAUUGAGGGUUAAUGUGCCCCAGCAGUGGCAGUUUAGUCCGGGGAUUCAAACUCACAACCUUCCUAUCAGUGGUCCAGUAUCUUAGCCACUGAGCUACCACAUCCUUGUCUAAUGAUUUCCAUGUGAUCCGUACAGGAGAUGUGGUAUUGUGCAAUAUUAACAUUCUCCGCAGGACAUUCAGGACGGUUGUAUAUAACUUUAGCAUCAGUUACUGUACUGUACUCUUUUAUUUGUUUUGGAUCCAGACUAGAACAUCUCCAUCAUCAUCCUCCAUCUCAGCUUUUAGAGGUCGUGUAAUACUGAGGUCACGAGGUAACCAAACGUGAAAGACACGGCCGGACGUGUUGAGACGCAGGAGGACGCCAGAGCGCCGGGUUCCACUCGGCUCGACGGUUUUGUUUAGCUCAGGGUUUGAGUCACACGUGUCCCCUACGAAUCACAUGGCCGAUAUCUCCUUUGGCCGGUGACGAACAGUUUCGACGUGGCUGCUGUUGUGUUUCUGGCAGCUAGCUUUCCGUUUUGUACCAAUUUUUCACUCUACAGAAUUUCGGAGUGUUUUAUUGGCUGGAGUUGCGUAUGUGUGAGAACCCUGAGGUAAGCAGAAGACUAUAAAGCAAUAAAUGAAUUAUAUAUGAUGAUGUAUCAUGACAUAGGACUUGCAGUGCAAAGUCUUAAUGUAUCAAAGUCAUUUACAAUAAAAAUAAAUGUAUGCUCUGAAA